CGUCCAAUUGUCACCAAGUCCAAACGGCCACAUCCAUUUGUUCUAGAUCGUAGUAAAAUGGUAUAAGUGUAGAUUAUUUGUCCGGUAGGUGCGCAUCUAGUGGCCCCUUCUUAGUUAUGAAAAAACACCGCUGCCACCUAGGUGGCCUAUAAAAUGGCUCACAGUGGGUUUCUGGCCAACAGUACCUCUUCACUAUUCAGUUUAUCUACAACAAGCAUUAUGAUGUCUGUAGCAAAAAUCGUGUUUUUCAUCACCGUAACCGUCGCCAUCGUCGGCGUGGCACUUGUCUCGAGUGUCGAUAUAGAUCGGUCUGGCACUUGGGUUCUUCCCCAUGGUGCCGAAGAGAUAGCCUUCACGCCCAAGAACAUCCCGAUCCGCAGAAGCGAUGUAUCACAGUUUUAUCCUGAGCGUUAUGAUCCUUAUAUGUCGCCGAUAUUGAAUAAACCUACACGCGAGAAGGCACUUAUCAUGAAUGAUAUUACUGAUCGGCCUGCCACUCGGGUUUCCCGUCGUGCCGUAAAGAUAGGCACGGUGCCCAAGAACAUCCCGUACCACAGGAUCGAUGUCUCAAGGUACGAUGAAGAUGAUUUUAUGACGCCGUUAAUGACUACAUCUGGCAAUGGUGUGCCGGUACCAUCAUCAACAACUGAUACUACCAGCACAAGGCCCAUCGUCAGCAAAUAUGGAAGCCUGAGGAAACAACUACCGGCUCUUGUUAAGACCAGAGGUUCAGAUGAUGGAGCUGCCAGUUCCAGUUCUCCGUUAAGAAACAGAAAUCGUCGAUCGUCCUCAGAACCACAUACACCAGCCAACAACAACACUACAGUAGAAAGUAAGACGCUUGUCAAUAGAGGAACACCAAGGAUUCGCCUAAGACCACAUUAUUUUUAUUUGAAUUAUCUUCUUAAUCAGUACUUGUUGUACGGACGAAAAAUAAAUUAUAGACUUGAUGGUGAAGACUUUUAUGCUUGAAAUUAGAAGAUCAUUAUAAAUAAAUACAUUUGGUAUUUUUACUAUUAUUCCUUAUAUACAUUUAAUAAUACAUCUAAUUAUAUAAAUUGCAUACUA